AUGAGAAGAUGUGGUCCAACACCAGUUUUGACAAUCUUCGUCGCUUACGCUCCAACAUCAACCUCCGAAGAAGAAGAAGUCGAAGCUUUCUAUAUGGACCUGGAGAAGUUCUACAGAGUUCUACAGAAACAAUGGAACGAACAGAUAGCGAAGUACCAGAACUAUUACGAUCGGCUCGUUGAACAUCUUCAUGACUGCACGAGGAAGGCUGAGAGUUUUAAAACCAACAAAGAACGCCUGUCUCUUGAAACUCUUGAGCUGAUACGCCAGCUUGGAGCAGCACCAACCGCAGGGAACCAAGAACUCACGUCCAAGCUUGCAAAACUUUGCAGAGAGGCGAUAAAGGAAGACAUUAAAGAGGGAAGAGCAGAAGUGCUGGCUGAAGCUGCAGAGGCGGGAAAAAGCAUCCGCUAUGCCCGUCGAGACUUCGCAGGUCGCAGGACGAGGAUGACUGCUCUCCGGAACCCGAAGGCAACAACCAUUGCAUUGAGAAGGGGAAAGGAGAAAAUCAUCUACGACUUCUACCCUGAACUCUUCGACAGCCAUGUCCACUUGCCUCCUCACCAUAUGAGGGAAGACGGACAUGUCAUUUUAGUGGUUCUCCCGUUCAAAUCACGACAUGCUAUCAUGUCGGCAAGAAAUCGUACGGCAGCCGGUCCAGACAAAAUAAGACCAGAACAACUGAAGAACCUUUCGCCAGUACUCAUCAACACCCUGGCGAUGCUCUUUACACGUUACCUGUCGGAAUGCAAGGCCCUCAAACAGUGGAAGACCAGCGAGACUGUGCUGCUGUACAAGAACGACAUCGGCUACUAUCGCCCAAUCUGA